UUUUUACGAAGCCCUCCCUCGACAACAGGUGUCAAUAUGUCUGAUCACGGGGAAGUCGAGGUCGAAAGCCCCGUUGCGGCUUUCCAGGUCCUGCCCAAGGAGGUUAUCGCUGAGCAGGGUGCCGUUAAGCUCUUCAACAAGUGGAGCUACGAGGAUGUUGAGAUCAGGGAUAUCUCCUUGACCGACUACGUCCAGAUCCGCUCCCCUGUCUACCUCCCUCACACCGCCGGUCGCUAUGCCGCCAAGCGUUUCCGCAAGGCUCAGUGCCCCAUCAUCGAGCGUCUGACCAACUCGCUCAUGAUGAACGGCCGCAACAACGGCAAGAAGCUCAUGGCUGUCCGCAUCGUUGCCCACUCUUUCGAGAUCAUCCACAUCAUGACCGACCAGAACCCUCUCCAGGUCGCCGUCGACGCCAUCGUCAACUGCGGUCCCCGUGAAGACAGCACCCGUAUCGGUUCCGCCGGUACCGUCCGUCGCCAGGCCGUUGAUGUGUCUCCUCUCCGCCGUGUCAACCAGUCCAUCGCUCUCUUGACCAUCGGUGCCCGUGAGGCCUCUUUCCGUAACAUCAAGAGCAUUGCCGAGUGCCUGGCUGAGGAGCUGAUCAACGCUGCCAAGGGUAGCUCCAACUCUUAUGCCAUCAAGAAGAAGGACGAGCUCGAGCGUGUUGCCAAGAGCAACCGGUAAAGGGGUAAUGUUGGGCGUAUUCUCCGUUUGGUUCUGGUUUUACGUGUACUGGAGUGGACGGGGGGUUUGUUAGGAUUCAGUCGAUUUGCAUGCAUCUGCGCGACUGUAUAUACCUGAAGACAGUCAAGGGGAGGGAGCAACAUCCAAAACAAAAAAAAGGAAAAAUCGGACGGCUUUCUU